CCAAUGUGUUCAGAACAGACUGAUGCUGCAGCGCAGAGGUCUAGCCCUCGCUCUGACCAGGCCUCUGCUCAAGGUUCAGAUCCUAGGCCAGAGGACAAGACUUUCCGUCGCACAUCUACCACCAGAGUCAGAAGACAGCAGGGUACACCUGUGCAACGGUCCAGGUCUCUUUCCCCAACCAGCAGUGUGAGGGUGGGCAAUGGGAGGAGAGUGGAAGCAGAACAAAGAAUUCAAGACCUUGAAGAGCUGCUGCAACUGAAGACUGAGGAGAAUGAAGAGCUGAGGAAAGCUCAUAGUAAACGCCGUGAACGCCUGUGUUUGAUUCAAGCCAACUACAAGAGAGUCAGAGAUCAACUGAAAGAGAUGGAGAAGUCCAGUGGCUUGUCAGGUGGAAAGAUACAGCGUGCAGAGCUGUGGCAGCUACGACAAGAAAACAGUGAUGCUGUGUGGAAUGAGCUGGCCUACUUUAAAAACCUCACCAGAAAACUCUCCACUGAGAAAGCUGGCCUGGAGGAGGAACUGGACAUGCUGCGAGUGCAGGCUGCAAUGGACCGGGCCACAGUAAAGGAGCUCCACAUGUGUCUCACGAAUGAUCAUCAAGAAUUGCUUCAGCAAAUGGCAGAGGAGCAGCGGGUCAAAAGCAGCACUGCGAUUAAGGCUUCUCUUUCUUCAGGCCGAAUGGAACAGUCAUUUAAAAAGACUGAGCAGUUGGAGCAGAAAAUACUGUCACUGGAGGAGCAGACGGACAGGUUGAGAGAAGAGAAAGAACGGUUACUACAAGCCAACGAAGACUUGGCCCAAAACUGCUGCAGACUCCAAGCCUCCAUGAAUCAUCUGCGAACACAGGAGGCUGUCCUGGAUGAGGCGGCCCGUGCCCAGGCCCUGGCCCAGGAGGAUCAACACUGUGGUGAGAUCGUGGCUCUAGAAGUCCGGCUGGCCACGUCUCAAAAAGAGAUUACCAAGCUUCAUCAUCAGUUGCUCAAGCUGAGACAAGAGCUGGGGAUUGUCAGAGCAGCCAGGGACUUCUACAGGAAUCGUGCAGCAGGACCUGUACGGGCAUCUGGGAUUGCUAACGGCAUUAGCGGCAAGGUCAAAUUCAAGACAGCCAGACACAGAGGUCUUCUACACCAGCGCAGCCACCGAACAGUCAGCUCCAAUCAAGCCAUCAGCUGGCAAGGCCGCAGCCCCAGUCCCACUAAGGACGAGUGGGAGGACAUGAGUGUAGAUAGUGACAGUGGUGAGGAGUACUCCGAUAGUCUCAACAGGGUACCCUCUGGGACAGCAGCUCAUAGACAUCACACCUCUGGAAAGCCCUAUAGGUGUUCGCUGAUUUCAAACACAGAAGCAUCGGCAGCAGAAUCCAGGAAAAAUCAACGUGAUGUAUUUGGCCAAGAUGAUAAACAGCAUGAGCCCUGGGAGCCAGGGACAAGAGGAGAGAAACCAACGUGCCGGAGGAGGAAGAGGUUGUUGACGAAGACCCGGCACUGCUCCUCCUCUUCUCUGCAGCAGCGCGUUGAAUCUCUUCAGCGCCACAUAGACAUCCUGCAGAGUGCCAGGAAAGAUGCUCAGCUCUCAGCCAAAGAGCUGCGAAGGGCCAACGAGGUGAUCACGACACAGCUCAGCGCUCUCACCGAGCAACUCAGCAGCAGCAAGCACCUCACACAGAAACUGACCUCUGACCUGGCUGGCGUGGAGCAGCAGAAAAAAGUUUUGGAGAUGGAGCUCGAGCAGUGGAAGCGGAUUACAUUUCCUCCACAAACUGCACCACCACCACCACCACCACCACCAGCAGCAGCGGUAAACACUGAGUGUUCUUGCCAGGGCAGAACCAUGUCUGCCCCAGCUAACCCUGCCUCCCAUACCCUUGAGGCUGAGGUCAAACAACUUCAAGCCAAACUCAAGUGCGCGAGUGCCGAAGUCGCAAAGCAGAUGGCCACUAACAAAGCCCUGCGAGGCCAGCUCCAAGAGAAGGAGGACAAGCUCUGCCAGCUGCAAGACAAAGUGGGUCAUACAGAACGAAACAUCACCAUGAAAAGGCAGCUAGUGGAGGACUUGAGGACAAGGUUGAAGUUCCUGCAGGAGACGGAGAAAAGUUACCGGGAUCAUGUUGAGGAGCUAGAAAAGAAGGUGAAAACUUUAUCGGAAGAGGCCACCAACAGGAAAGCCUACAUUGAAUCUCUCAAGAGAAGGUUGAAUGUUGCAACAACAGACAAAAGUCAGUAUGAAACCUCCUGUGCAAAACUAAAAGAGGACCUUGAGAAAAAGGAGCAGCGAAUAAAAACCCUUCAGGGUCGUGUGGGAUCCAGUGAGCAGGCUUUGGCUGCCCUGGAACGGACCGCCACUGAGCAAAUGGAAGGGUUGACCCAGCAGAGCUCCCAAGCCUUGGAUAGGCUUCAGAGACAGCUUGGUCAGGCCUACUCCCAGCUGGAGCAGCUUCAUUGUUUCAUCAAGACCCUUGCCAGUGAAAUACUUUUAGAUGUUCAAGAGGUCAAGCAGCAGUUGAUAAGCAGGAGGAGGCUGAGGCAGGCCAGCUCUGUGGCAGCGAAGAGCGGCCUCUCAGCCAAGUCUAUGAUCAAAGCAAAGUCCAUUGCUGCAUCCAUCCUCAAUAUGUCAGAGAACGAUCUCGCAGACAUAAUGGAAACAGAUCAGAGCGCAGCAACCUUCACAGAGAGUGCCAGUGACCAGAAGUGGUUGGACCACCUAAACAUCAUUCUCCAGCAGAAGAUUCCCUCUGCCGGCCAGUUAAUGGAGGCUGUGCACGUGAAGAUGAAGGAGAGGAAAGUGCUGACAGAAGAGCUGGCCGCGCUCGCAGCACCAGUCAGCGAAAAAACCUGACUCCCUGGGCUGAGGCUGGGAAAACUGUCAUCCUCUUCUUUUCCUCCAUUCCUGGUUCUUUUUUCCUACCCUGUUCCUGCUCAGUGGGAGCCAAGCUGAGCCGGGGCAGCAGAACCAAUAUUUGUGAGAAAAGCGCCGUCGACUGGCUCAACGCAGCACCCCGACUUUUGUAAAUGAGCCCUCGACAUCUGUGUUAGCACUCAGAGCACUGUGUCUAUCAGCCAGGGCCCUUUAGUGCCAAACUAAUUUAAAGUGCAGCCACUCUCAAUGAAGACCCGGGGUAAUAAGGCAAAUGCUUACACUAAUGUUUUAAUUACACUUUUUUUUGUAAACUUUAUUUUACCACUCCCCUAAUUUAUUUGGCACCUUGAGGGCUUCUUAGUGUGAGAGUUGACCUUAUGUUGCCAAGCUGACAAAAGUAAAAUUAAGCACAAAGAAGUAAAUAUACAAAAAUUAAUAAUAAUAAUCAGCUUGUUUUGUAUCUUUUUUUUAAAUGAAGGACAAGGAUUUAUUUUUGAAGGACAUUCAGUGUUUACCUAACUAAACAUGCUAAACAUUUGUAGUUAUUUUGUUUACAAUAACUUUGUCAUAAUUUGUGAAUAAAAGUUAAUUUGUGCCGUA